UCCAGAGACCAACUUUGAGUUAAUAAAUAUUGAAUUUCCCUUGUAACUUCGUUACCAUUUCCUAAGAACUGACUUGUUACAGAAGUCGCCACAUUCUCUAAAAUUAAAACAUCAAAGAAGAGCACAAAACGACAGCAAAGAAAGGAGGAGGAGAUCGAAAAUGUUUUUUACAGCAGUCAGGCUUGUUGGGAAGAAACCCAAGCCAAAGCUAAAACCUAUUAAUCCCAAGAUCCCUCCCGAACAAGCAUUGUCUGUUAGCAGAUCAAUCUUUAAUGUCGUGAAGGAGCAUGGCCCUCUUAACAUAGCAAACGCCUGGGAUCGUGUCCAGGAAGCAGGGAUAAAUGGUGUCAACAGCAAAUCCCAUUUGAAACUAAUGCUGCGAUGGAUGAAAGAGAGACAGAAAUUGCACAUGAUAUGCAAUCAUGUUGGCCGUAAUAAGCAAUUUCUGUAUUCAACCUGGUUCACAAAACCUGAAAAUACGAUUGGUGAUGCCAGCAAACAGGCUGCAGAAACAAAGAUUAAAAGUGCUGCUGGCCAACAAUCUGUGAAAAGCAAGAUUAGCAGCUCUGCCAGCCAACAGGCUGCAAAAAGCAAUAUUAGGAGCCCUGCCAUAAGACAAAAAGCGAAAAUCAGAUGAGUCUAGUUGCUUUGAUCAUAUACUUUUAUACAUUGUACAGGUCAUUUACUAGAUGGUAGAUGAAAGCAGUGUUGCUUCCAUGAAAAAUUUGUCAUGAAAUAUGUUCAAAUUGGGCAUCUAUAUAGGGAUGUCCUUUUAUUUCGGAUAUAAAUAGAUCUACACAAGUCUCUGGAGAUGUUUACUAAUUAGUAUUUACUUAUGUGGACAAAUUGGUUAGGAGUAAUGAUUUAAAUUGGCUUUCUAUUUCCAAAUGAGAAUACCUCUCAACUUUUUUAAGUU